AGGGAGAAGUACCUUUCUAUUGUUUCGUCGAACUUCUCUGUUCUGUGAGGGUCAGUGAAACGCAACACUGAGCGCAUGUGUCGUGCAUUAAUCCUCUUACUGCAGCAGAUGCUCGGCUGUCAAUCAACCUGGCACGGGUACGCGCGCUCGAACUUGACUUGAGAGCGCGAGAGAAAGAACACAGCAGGUGCGCGAGCGAUUCCGCGCCAUCAUUUAGCGAUGCAGGAAUGGUAAAUAAAGUAGUUUUUUUUUACACAAACCGUGUCUUGACAACAGCAACAGGCUUGUUUUGCGCCACUAAAUUUGCAUUUGUUAAACGCGAUGCCGUCGCAGGAUGAGUCUGAGCCGGUAAAUGAAGACGGUCUCCCGCCUCCGGUUCCACCGAGAGCGACGCUCCAGCGCGACGCUCUGGCGUCCGCCAACGCACCUGAGCGCAGGGUUAAGUGUGUGCUGGUCGGGGAUGGAGCGGUGGGCAAAACCAGUCUGAUCGUCAGCUACACCACUAACGGAUAUCCGACUGAACACAUUCCCACCGCCUUUGACAACUUCACAGCAAGGGUUGUGGUGGAUGGGAGACAAGUUCAACUUCAACUGUGUGACAUGGCAGGACAGAAAUGGGGGGCGGCGGAUCAGCAUCUAAAUGACGAGUUUGAUCGGCUUCGCCCUCUCUGUUACCGUGAUGCUGACGUGUUCCUGCUCUGCUACAGCGUGGUUCUCCCGUCCUCCUUCAGGAGCGUGACGGACCGCUGGGCCCCCGAGGUUCAUCGCCUCUGUCCCGGCGUUCCCAUCAUCCUCGUGGGCACCCAGUGCGACCUGCAGGAGGACGUCCAGGUGCUGAUCCGACUCGCAGGCGUCCAGGAGAGACCGGUGAGCAGAGACGAGGCCCGCCUGUGCGCCCGGAGCAUCGGUGCCGGGACGUUCGCCGAGUGCUCCGCACUGACGCAGAAGAACCUCAAGGAAGUGUUCGACGGCGCCAUCUUGGCCAGCAUGCGGCGCGCGGACGAGCCGAGGAUGCUCACGCUGAGGGAAAAAACUCCAGAUAAACUCAAACAGCUCUCGGACACAUGGUGGAGGAAGCUGAGCUGCGUCCAGGGCUUUGAGCUUCAGUGACGGGGAGUUUGAGUCAGUUUAAAGUCAAGUCAAGAUGAGAUGCGACUCACAAACACAUUUAACUGUGAUGCAUUUCGAAAUCAAACAGGAUAUUCGACGAGAAA